GACAUGCUUCAUUUCAGCCUCGCCUUCCUGGGCGUUUGCGCCUGCCUCUGCCUGCAAUCGGUCCUCAUCUUUGGCCGAGACAUAGAGGACUUGGGCAACUUCGCUCGGGCACUUCACUUUGCCUUCAGGAUGGUGUUCGACGAGUUUGAUGACUCCCACUUCCAGCGGUUGGAGAAGGUCUCUAGGCCAGCGGCCUACAUCUGGUUCACAUGUUACGAGGUCCUGGUAGUCAUCAUCCUCCUGAACAUGCUUCUGGCCAUCAUCAUGGACAACUACAUGAUGGUCAAGAAAAGAGCGAGGCUCCGCGCAUCUGUGCUUCACCAGCUCCAGGAGCUAUGGCGACGCUGGCGGAUGAACCGCCGAAAGGAGAGGGUACACCUGAAAGAGAUUUGGAAUGCCUUUGCCGAAGAGGCGGUCUGGAAUCGGAAGGUGAUGUGCAGCAGCGACCGUCUUCUCAGCAUACACCUUUUGGUGGAGUUGAUCCCUGGCCUGCCACCAUCGCAAGCGGAGAGGACGCUUCAGAAUUCCUGGCAUCAACACCUGAAGGAGGUUGAGGCUCCCUUUGCGGUGAGCGAGGCUCACGAGUCUCUCGCCGAUCUCGAGAGCAGCACUCGGCGCAUUCGGAGUGCCUUGUACUUUGCCUUUGACGUUGUCCAAUACUUUGACAGUCGACCCGUUCCCGGGACUGAUGAUCUCGUCACAGACACCCAGGAGAAAGCUAUCUUCAAGUUGGCCAUGAACGAGGCUAUUGAAGAAGAAGACGAGCUGGCUGCGUUCCUGGAACGAGCCAAGCGGGAGGAGAAAGACAGCGAGAAGACAGUGGUCGCUUUCGUGGAGGAUCAGACCGCCCGGCUCUCUGCAGAGGCAGCC